AUGAUUCCGGUAGGACUUCAACCUAAUAACAUCACCUAUAAUUCAAUGCUCUAUCACUACUGCAGAGUUGGCAAUAUCAAGAAGGCGGCAAACAUUGUCCAAACCAUGGCUUCAAAUGGGUGUGAACCGGAUGUUGUCACCUAUUGUGUCUUAAUACAUGGAUUGUGUAACGUGGGUAGAAUCGAGAUUGCAAUUAGGCUUCUCAUAACUAUCCAGAUGAAAGGAAUGGCGUUGGCCCCACAAACCUAUAAUCCCUUGCUCCGAGAACUCUUCAAACGGAAGAAAACAAAAGCAGCCAUGAGACUGUUUAGAGAAAUGAAAGAGAAGGGUGACCCUCCAGAUGCAUUUUCGUAUGAAACUGUGUUUCGUGGGCUUUGUUCUGGCGGAGGACCUAUUGGAGAGGCUGUCGAUUUCGUCGUUGAAAUGACUGAGAAAAGACUAAUACUGGAAUUCUCUACGUUCUGUAUGCUGGCUGAAAGACUUUGUGCUUUAUCCGUGGAGGACACUUUAGUUAUGCUCAUUGAAAGGAUUAUGGAUAUGUAUUUCUUCUCCGAAAAUGAGGUGUCUAUGAUAAAGGGAUUCAUGAAAAAAUCCUUAAGUUUGAAGAUGCAUUGGCUACUCUUGGCGGGAUUUUGAAUAGGAGAAAUCCCAAGAGAGGUUGCUAGUGAAGAUUGAAGCUGGGAAACCUGCACUGGAAGAUACAGCUUGCAUUUCUGUUUGUUUCUAACAAUGGAAUAUGCCAAGGGGAAUGGUGUGUUGGAUCAACAGCUGUAUGGGGGCUGCUUUUUUAGGCACUGGCCUCCAAUUGGACUUUUGUCUAAAUUCAGCUUCUGUUUCUUUUCCCCUCGAGCAAUGGAAUUUUAGUUACUUCUCUGGAGGUACAUUCUUCUAAUACCUGAACCAUAUGAUUAAAUGUCAAGUGAUAUAAUAGGUGAUAUGGUUAAUGAACAAUUUCCAUAAUUAGGAACGACGCCUUUUGUUCUAGUGCAUUACAAGUGGUAGCAGAGGCGACGCCACAAUUCUUCAUGUGGGGUCGGCUGACCCCAUGGGGAAAAUACUCACCCUUGUUACUAUGCCAAUUUUGUUUGAUUAGUUAACAGCUGAUACCAUAAGCAAAUGUAGAUGACCACAUGACGAUGAGCCAAUAGCAUGGGAUAAUCUUUCCUACAGUUCUCUCUCUCUCUCUCAGAAAAAUCUUCAAAAAUGUACUAAUUUCGAAUUCCAACUCAUUCAGAGCAGGGACAGUGUUUGUUUUGGGUCUCAAAACCCAACUUCUCUCCCUCUACAUGGUCCUCAAUUGAUUUUUUCUAUCUCUCUCUCCACUCAUUACUCCCAAAAACCUCUCUCAACCGAAGGUGUUUUAUGGUUCUCAAAAAAAAAGAAAGCAAGGUGUUUUGUGGUUCUCCAUUCAGGAAAGAAUGUUUUUAUGUUAAUCUGGUAUUAAUUUAGAAUAUGCAUGAGAUAUUUGAAAAAAUAUCCACAUUUAUACACCUAUAUACACGUAUUUUUGGAAUAUUCCAAGGGUAAUGGAGACCAACUCCACAGGAUCAACGUUCUGGGGAUCAGUUUACAUUCAGCUGUAUUAGGGGGAUCCAUUUUCUUCAGGCAUUCAGCUGUAUUCGGGAUGCUUUUAUAGGCACUGGCAUUCAUUCAAUUUGACUUUUGUCUAUAUUCAGCUUCAGUUUCCUUUCCUCUCCAGCAAUGGAAUUUCAGUUCCUUCUCUUGUGGUACAAUGUUCUGAUUUCUGGACCUCAUGAUUGUAUGUCAACUGAUAUAAUCAGCGAUUCUCCAUCGUAUCGAAAUCUUUUAUGGUGGUUCUAUAAUUUGGAUGUGGCCCUUUUGUUCUUAUGCAUGGCAACUUACCAAUACUGAUGGAAGUAACUGAACUCAUGCUUUGUGUAAUUGGAUCUCUCUUCUCACUGUAGCUUGUGUUUUCUAGGUAUUGAAUUGUUAAUUGUGAAAUAAAAAAUGUGUCUGCGCCUUUUGUUUUAUUUUUGUGCUAAAGUAAUUCACCAGUUUUUCGUUUGGUUUAUUUUUCUUGUGGUGAAAGGGUUGAGCCCCAGUUGGUUUCUUUAUGUUCUUUCAAUUCCCCAAAAUAGAACAAGAAGUUGAACUAAAGGCAAAUGAAUUGUUGGUAGUGUACAGAAUCCGGUGCGUAAACAUUAUGUUGCGAAUGCAAAAGAGAUGGUUUGGGUUACCUCACACGAAUGUAAACCGAACCGGAUUGUUUCUGGAUGAAUCACGAGCUCCGGACAUGAACACAAACACAGCAACAAUCUCAAGUGAUGGAGUGAUACCACGAUCUUGGAGUAUCACUCUUAAUUCCAAGGUGCAAAAGCUUUGCGUUGAUCUAUGAUAGUAGAGACGAGAAAACCUUUGUUCUAGGGAGUAUUUUUUGUGCAUAUUUUUCUCUGUUUCUGCAGGAAUUAAAUAAAGGAGCAUCCCAGAUGCAUGCAAACUCAAUGUAAUCUGUCAUUGAAUCAUGAUCACAUUGGCGACACGAUUUCGUCCCGGACUUGUCCCCAAAUUCCAACACGAUCAAACUUUGGUGAUCCGUAUUCUUUCUCUGCGAUCUAUGUACAUUAUAUCCAUUCAUGCUGCGAAGCGAGAAUUCUAUAUUUUGUUCAUCUUCAUUUAUACUUCGUACUAUAAACUAUUCGUUUGCCCUUUAUUCCGAGCUUUCGUUGUAAACCUUCUAAAAUGGUCGGAUAUUGUUGGGAAGUGAAGAAAAGGCAUUCUUGUGACUC